GCGGUUAGACCAACACAGCAGAACACAGGGUAAGUAAAUUUUUACAAGAGGUGUGUUUCCCCCUCCUUAAAUCGCUUACCAAAUAUUCUCGUUCUCACUAUAAAUGCUUCUCUUCCUAGCUCAAAAUUGUUUACUCUGAUGCAUGUCAUACUGGAAUCGAGUUUGAGUGUUAUACAGUUUCGUAAACUGCACCUGUUGGGGGGCCCUAACCUAACCUCCCGUUAAAAGGUGAAGGAGAGAGUCGGGAAUAUGUUUAUUUAGGAUUUUAUACUUUGUCUCAGUUUAAUUUUUGAUUUGUAAUAGACUGAAAGAAAUCAUGAGCAGAUCAGACUCCAUUGGAUGUAAUUCUGGAAUACCAUUAAGAAAAAUACCACCUCAGAACAUUGUCAACAGACUAAUAAGACGAGAAACUUAUGGUUAUGGCAAGCCCGGCACUCAUUUUCAUGUUGUAAGGGAAUUUUAUCAGAAUGUACAUCCUAAUUUCACAAUCGUCAAUGUUGAAAAACCACCAUGUUUUCUUCGGAAGUUUAGUCCGGAUGGUAAACACUUCGUUGCAUUUUCCUCUGAUCAAACCUCACUAGAAAUUUAUGAUUAUCGGGGUGCUGCAGCUGUUGCUGAUCUUAUACAUCAUUGCAAAGGAGAAUAUGUUGGAAAUAAGAAUGACGAGAAGAGUGACUACAUCAGGAGUCGGGCAUUCGAUCGGUUUUUUAGGCUUAAAUGGACUGUCAGUGUAGCACAAGGAGGAGAGCAGUUAAACCGAGAGUGCAGUCUGUUCACCGAUGAUGGACGCUUUAUUAUUGUUGGCUCAGCUGCUUACCUACCAGAAGAACAGCGACCCUCCUUCUAUGAGGUUUACACCAAUAAUGAAGCUGUUUCACCUAAUCCCAGAAUACCUCUUGAAGACUACUCCUUGCACUUAGUUGACUUACAGGCUGGUCGAUUAUGUGAUACAAAACAUUUUAAGGUUGAUAAGAUAUUUCUUUCUCACAAUCAAGGCCUGUAUUUGUACCGUGAUACGUUAGCUGUGCUGUCAGUACAGCAGCAAACCAUUCAUAUUUUUAGAAUCACUGAUGAUGGUGUGUUCACAAAUGUACGCUCCAUUGGGAGAUUUUGUCAUGACGAUGAUGACUUUCUCCUCUCCUCAGUGACGGAGAGCAGAUCUCCAUAUAUGGGAGUUCCUCGACCUUUCAGGGAAGAGACAAUAAAUUGUCUGAAGCACCGUUUGCUCACAUUUUUAUAUAAACGAGCAUAUUCACUAUCUCAAUCAGCAGGAAAUGCUUACGAACUAAGGAAAUUUUUCCAAUAUUUUGAUCAGCUUAAGAGUCUGAAAAUGUGGAAAAUGCAGCUGAUUGAUGAAGAUCAUUUACUAAUUAAAUACGCUUGUGAGGAUGUUGUCACACUUCGAGCCAAUGAACCUAAUUCGCAGCCCUCAUUUUUUGCUUUCUACAAUAUUUCAAAAGCAGAGAUAAUAGCUGUCUUUGAAAAUGCGUCCAAACAACUCCUUACACUUUUAGAAGACCAUUGUGAUUCUUUUAGAAACACAAGACUUAACUCAGAAUGUCAAUUUACAUGCUCACCCUCAAAUAAUAUUUUUGCAAGGUUGAUUCAACAACGUUUUAAGCAGACGAUAGUCUCUGCAAGGUUUGGAGGUCCUCGUGAAGCUACAAAGAGACUUCUUGCUCAGUUACCAAUCAGUGCCCAGUCUUACAGUUGCUCACCCUACUUAGAUUUGGCACUUUUUAGCUAUGACGAUAAAUGGGUUUCAGGGAUGGAGCGACCCAAAGCUUGUGGAGAACACCCAAUUAGAUUUUAUGCACGAGGCUCUGGUCUUCUGAAAUUUCGAAUAUACGCAGGAUUUCUUGGGAAAAAUCCACCUCCUACUGCCCGACAACUGGUUGCAUUCACUUUUCAUCCUUCGGAUCCCUUUGCAAUUAGUGUUCAAAGGACCAAUGCAGAAUAUGUUGUUAAUUUUCAUGUCAGGCAUGAUGCUGCUGAAAUGCUUCUCUUGAGAAAAGAGUCAGAAUGAUGUGUUCAAUUUUGAAAUUUCUUUUUUAUAUUUGACCUGAAGUCAGUUAUGUUUGAUUUAUGACUUAUAUGAAUCAAUGAAAUUUGUCCUACUAAUUUUAUUUAGUAGUUGAGCUAUUAAUUAUUGUAACAAAAGUGCUAUUGACGUCUGUGAUUUUAUUCAUGUGAUAUAUAUGUAACUUUUAUACUGGGCUGAAUGCAAAUUAUUCUUUCUUUCUUCCUUUUUUUUUUUUUUUUUUUUUGAAUGUGAGUACCGCUUUCUUUAAUGAUAGCUGUUGACUCAAUUUUUUCUUUGUUACUUAAUUUUUAGGACUAUACAGUAUUAUUAUUUCAAACUUGACAGAGGCACUGUGCCUCUUAUUAGUGUGUACUUAUGAAAGUAAUCCAUUCUAGAUGAGAAUGGUGAAUAUUAAUUACUUUUACUCUCAGGUCAUAAAACAUUUGGUUUUCAUAGUCCAGUAAGCAGAAUCAUUGUGCAUCUGUUUGAUGCAAAUUAAUGACCAUUAUGACCAGAAUGUAUUUUAAAAAAAAUUGAAGACUGAUCUACUGUAGCAGUACAUGUAAACAAAACUUAAACACUCAGUUAUUUUUCAGAUUUUUCAGAAUAAACAGGCCUAUUGUAUGUA